AUGGAAGGUUGUAAUAUUUCGAGUGGGUCAGAGGCCGAUGAUAGUAAUCAAGAUGGGCGAGGUGUUCAGUUUGAACAAAUAUCAAACAACGAACCAGACGUAGAUGCUGAAUUGGAUUAUGAUGAGGAUAACGAAAUAUAUGAUGAAAUGGAUGGUAUUGUUGAAAAUUAUGAGGGUUUAAAUAACAUGGGUGAGCAAGAGGAAAAGAUCACUACUGGCUUAAAUACUGACGAUCUGGAUGUUGUGGAAACGAAACAGUCAAAUAUGCCUAAAAAUGAAUUCAAAUGGUGUGCAGAAGGUGAUGCACAUAUGAAAAAAUGCAGUGGUGAUGAACGAGAAGCGAUAGAAGAUGGAGAGAUUAUAGACUUAGAAGAUGGUGAACUUAGAUCAGGUGGUGAAAGCGAUUUAGAUUCUUUGUCUGGGCGACGAGUGAUUCAAUCUACCUUUUCUGAGAAUCAUCUGAAAGGAAGAAGUCGUGAGCGAACACCUAUGCGAAGUCGUCGCAUUGAUGAACCUUGCAACCUUGGUGUAUGCAAAUUCUAUCUUCGUGGAACUUGCACUUGGGGUCCUGAUUGUAAAUAUUCGCAUUCAGAUGAGAACCACGGCAUUGGCUUACACGUCAGUAAUUUUUCAAGUGAUUCUAAUUGGCGAUGUGAACGUAAGAACAUGCCUAGAAAUGAUCGCGAAAGAAUAAAACGUGAAAGUAUUCAUUCAAGAAUUAUCUAUCCAUAUGAAACAAAUUAUGGAUCGGUUGGUAAUAUUGACAGCAGUGGAAAGGACUUAUCAUCAAAGGAAAGCGCUUGGGAAAAAGGACUGCGUCAAGCGAGAGAACUGAUGAUAAAAGCUUCAAAGAAGCGUGAGGAAGAACCUGAUUUUGAUAGAAAACGGCUUAUCCUCACGCCGAGUGAUGAAAUUGAUCGCCAUUCUCAUCAUACUGAUGACGACUCUGAUGAUUCACGAUACAUUGGAAGAACACGCAUCCGAUCACCUCGUUCACCAUCGCAGCGAAAUUUUACAAACAGAAGUAUUGGAGGGAGUGUCGGACGUGCUUUAGCGGAAGAGCGAAGGGCUCUUCGCUAUCUAUCUGAUUCGCGUAACUCGGAAGGAAACACACGAAUUCGCGAAAGGGAUUCGGAUAGAAAUUCAACUAUAUAUUCACAAAUAUCUCAUCACCGUAAGAUUCCAUCGUUGAUUGAUACUUUAAGGGAAGGUCGGAUAUUCGAACCACCUAAAAAUAUUGAUUUGGGACCACAAGUACUUUAUCCCAGUGGUCGACCAAUCCGACGACGUGAACGGAUCUUUAGGCGAGAUAGGGACUGCCAUGAAGAAAAUUAUAUAUUGCGCGAAGAAUCACGUUCACCAAGAUCCGUUUCAUCUUCUCGCUCGCAUUCACCAAUUCGGCCAAGGCGUGAUCUGGAUUUUAAGGACAGAAUGGAUCGAGAUGUUUCACCUAGUAAGAGACGUACAGCUUUAGGUGACAACACCGGAACGCUGGGUUUGGGUAGUGCUGAAAUACGAGACCCAUGGGAAAGAAAUUGUGUUAAAAGGGGUCAUAGCAGGGAAUUCAUUACAGCAACACUUGAUCCAGUUCAAAAAGGUGGUCGGAAAAUUAGUCGAUGCAACCGGCGUUUGAGUGACCGAAGUGCGUCAAGUAGCGUUUCUCAAAAAGCGUCGAGUGAAUCUUCUUUCUCAGCAUCGUCGCGAUCUUCUUCCCAUGAGAAAUGUCACACAUCUUCACGACCUUCUUAUAUGUCAGCGGUCCCAUUGAAGAAUGUUUUUGAUGAUGAUGGCUCAGUGCGACCGACAGAUUUAUCAUCGUUUCGAAUACCGAAACGGAAGAUGCCAGUCUCAUCUAAACAUCGGGAUUCGUCAAAAAGAAAUUUGAAACGAAAGGUCGGCAAAGAACUUGUUCAAAAGCGAGCUACAUCACCUAUUUUACCUAAGCGGAAACGUUCAAUCUCUCGAACACUAAAACAGAAUACAUUAAAAAAUGCUAGACAGUCUGAAAACGAUCUUUACGGUUGUGGAAGUCGAAACCGUUCUUCAUUUGUCGAUAAUAGAGAGGAUGUAUCGGAUGACUCGUCAUUUAGCAGCUCAAGUAGUUCGAGUGAUGAUACUGAACCAGCAGCUUAUCGUCGCAAAAGAUAUACAGCAAUUGACGAUGGUCUUCCCACGGAAGGUAUACCACUAUCACCUGAAGCUGCCGUGGAAGAUGUUUCUAGUGAUGAACAAGAUGAUCCUGCAGUUGGGAACAGCCCAAAUUGUUCAUCAAGGCAAUUGAUAACUCCUUCUAAUGAAUCUGCUGAAUAUUUUCCUGAAAAAAAUUCUAAAGAAGAAAAAGAUUCUAUUAUGGAAGAAAAUAUUUUGAAUCGUGGGCAGAGCAUAGAAAUUGACGGCGAGGAAUAUAUUGACAACGAAGUGGAAAGUGAACGUCGUGCAGAACUUCUGAGGCAGUUAAAAUGUGUAGAAGAAGCCAUUGCCCGUAAACGAAGUCGCCCACUUGCUUUAUAG